AUGAGCUCCCCCUCAUCUCGCAUCCCCUCAAAUCGCAACUCUCCGAAUCCAGGCCAGCGCAGCAGACCUACCAGUCGAAGAGAAACCACAGAAGUAGCAUCUGGAAUUACGAAUGCGCCCAUACCUGACGACGAACAUGGAGCAGAUCUGCCCCUGACUAUGUCGGCGUCUGUGGUUUUGACGAGCCUACCGCGCGAUGCCCACCAGGCGCUCGCGGAUGCGGAAGCUGUCGACACAGGCAAAGUCACCGUCCGGUUCCAGCCUCUAGCUUCUGCUCCAAUUCUUAAGAAUAGGGUGUUCAAGAUCAGCGCUUCGCAGAAGUUUGAGACGGUCGUCAAGUUUCUCAGGAAGAAGCUUGAUUGUAAGGAAACGGACUCGGUCUUUUGCUAUGUGAAUAGUGUCUUCGCACCCGGACUCGAUGAAGGAGUAGGCGGAUUAUGGAGGUGCUUCAAAACUGACGACCAGCUGAUCGUCGCUUACUCUAUGACGCCCGCAUUUGGUUGA